GACUCAUCUCUACUGGAGAAGCCACAAAGCUGUGAAGACAGCCGGGUGCAGACAAUACUACUUGUUUGUAAGCUGAACUGCACAACAGUAUUUCUGGGGAAUCUGGAUUUGGACACUGGUUGCAUAAAGAGGACAAACUGGAUAUAGCCCUGAAUAAAAUGUCAAAAUUCACUGUAGGAAAACCAUCGCAUAUCAAAAAUGAUUCUAAGAAUGCUUCCCUUGCAAUGAAGAGCAGACAGAAAGCUAUUAAUGAGGUCAACAAGCGAAGAACCCUUUUGCAAGAUAAUAGCUGGAUAAAGAAAAGGCCUGAGGAGGAAAGCACCAAUGAAAACUAUGGCAGAGUUGUUCUUAAUCAGUAUAAAUCACAAGAUAGCUUGCACAGGAACCUAGAAGGGGAGAAGAAUGAGAAAGCUAUGCUUAAUCGAUAUAGAUCUGAUACUACUUUAGACAGGAUUCCAGGCAGUUACCCCAAUUAA